AUGGAUAAUACACCAGAGAAUGUACCGAAGCGUUCGGAGAAAAGCCCCUCUACCUUGUUCGCUCAGCUCGGAGGCAUACCUAGCGAGACAUCAAUUCCAGGAGGGUCUAGAGUAAUGAGUUCCGAGUAUGGCUCUGGGAUCAACGCGCCAGCAGUUCAGCAGGCUCCUGGCAGCUUGUUCGGGCAGCACAGUACUAGUGGCUUAUUUGGAGGUAAGGCCGCUGCUCAAGUCGCUGCUGCUCAAGCAACUGGGCAACCGGUUCCUGGCGGGCUGUUUGGUGGUGUAAACCGGAACCUAUUCGACGGAUUUACCGAGCCGCCACCGCCGAGUAGCGCAAAUGCUCGUCCACUAUUUGGGUUCGGUAGCUCAUCUCAUUUCAAGCCUGACACUGGAGGUGGACUCUUUGGCAAUCUAGGUCAGGCUAGCAACUCGCGCAAGGGGAGUCUGUUCGGACAUGUAGCGGCCGUGGAUAGUGAACCUGCUCGUGCCGAUCAGCAGAUGUUGAGAGUACCGGAUAUUCGCGUCGUCGAAGACCAGGCAAUCAACUUCGGAUGUGAUCUCCUCACCAUCCACGUCGGCCAGGACGAGCGUGCGCGAACCUUCAGUAUCCACUCUGAUCUCCUCACUGCCCGGUCAACCUACUUCAAGGACUUCUUUUCUAACGACGCUGACCAAAAGUCAUUUGAUCUGCCUGAAAUCAACCCUCGCGCGUUUGCUCUAUACUUCCAGCUCAUCUAUACCGGUCGCAUUCCAAGUAAACGUAAUGAUGCAUCCGAUGCUGAACACGACGAGUACGCCCUUCUGUGCAAGCUCUACACCAUUGCCCACCUUGUCAAAGACGCGAAGGCCAAAGACUCUGCCCUGGAUGCUAUUCUCGUUAAGGCAACAGAAAGCGCUGAGAUCCCAUCAAGCGAGCAUGUAUGGAUCGUCUACGCCGGCACUGAAGGGCCCUGCAAAGCUCGGAAGAUGAUGGUCGACUUCUAUACUUACAAGGCUACCGGAGAGUGGAUGAGAGCACAAGGCGAGGACGCACAUGGACGAGGUUUUCCGCCAGAGUUUUGGAGUGAGCUGGCAAUUAGCUUGGUGGACAAGAGGAGCCUGCCAGAUCGACGGAUGGCUGGCAUGGACGCAAAUGAAUACCACGGACAGUGA